AUGGUUUCUGUCACCACUUUUGCUGCUCUCAUUUCUGGUGCCACUGCUCUCGGUAUCAACUGCCGAGGUAGCGGUGGCUGCACCUUUAACGACGCCAAGUUGUCGGACGUCCUGACGCAGGUCAAGCAGAUCCAAGCGCAGGGCAACGGAGGACACCACUACGCACAAGGGGUCCAACUGGCCUGUGCUCAAGGCCAGUAUUCGUCUAUCUGCGCGUUCUACCAGAAUGGCGCCAGUGGCACUGCGGAUCGCGCCGCAGAGCUCCUGCAAGGCCUCAUCGACCACGGAUGCAGCGAGUGCGGCUCAAACCCAACGCAACCUGGAAACGACGUUUCAAAGGGAGAAUUGACUGUCAACAUUGUCUCAGCUCCGUGCUGCAAGGGUGCUUGCACGUGCCCCAUAUAA